CUGAUGCAGUCAUCGGAGCCAGCCGAUGCGAAUAAAUUGCAAAAAGAGCAAUCUGUUUAUGUGUGGGAAACGGCAAACGGGAAGCAGCAGCAGCAGCAAGAGCUGAAGUGAAUGUGAACAUUAUACCCGUGUACCUCCUCACAGCCCCUCUGCGCACACAGAGUGUGUUGUGUGUGUGUCAUUGUGUGUGCGAAACGAAGUGGCUGAUUACACAUUGUCCCCCCUCCCUGCACGACGGAGUUUUCUCCUUGAAACUGUCGCACCUGGCACACCUGGCACACCUGGCACCUGGAAAACCAACCAUCUGGGCACCUGGUGGGACCUGGAACCUGAAAACUGGCCCCAACUGUUUGGCAGACAAUAGAGAAGCGAACCGGACCAUCCGUACUGCUGCUGCUGGCCCGUGCCUUGCUCCAUGCCCGGAUUCCAUCUCAAUGAAAUGGGCGAAAUGGUCUUGGAUGCCAUUGACGACAUCGGCGUGGUCGAUGUGUACGACCUGGCCUCGGAUAUUGGCAAGGAGUACGAGCGGAUCAUGGAUCGCCUCGGAACGGACGCGGUGAGUGGGCUGAUGCCAAAGAUCAUCAAUACGCUGGAGCUGCUGGAGGCGCUGGCCACGAAGAACGAGCGCGAGAACGCCACCAUACAGGAUCUGCGGGAAAAGAUCACCCAGCUGGAGAGCGAGAAGCUGGAGAAGGCCGAGUUCCGGCGCCGCUUUGAGAAGGAGUUGGAGCUCAUCGAGGAGCAGUGGCGCAGCGAGACCAAUGAGCUGGUUGACCUGGUCUCCUCGCUGCAGGACGAGAACAAGCGGCUGGUGAAGCAGACUCAGGACCUGCAGUCAUCGUCCGCCCAGAGCUCCGGCCUGGGCGCCAGCCUCACCGAGAGCAUCAUCAGCAUGACCAACAAUGAGCUGCACAGCGCCCUGUCCGACACCCAGGUGCUGCAGCGGCUCAAGGAGCAGAUAUACAAGCAGCGGGACGAGCUGAAGCAACGCGAGCGGGAGCUCCAGGACAAGUACAGCGAGCUGGAGCAUCUUAACAUCCAGUCGGAGCGUCUGAAGGGUUCGGAGCGGGACACGAGGAGGCGCCACAAGUUGAUGCAGGCCCAGGUGAAGACGCUGUGCGAGGAGCGAGCCGAUUUCCUGGCUCAACUGCAGGAUCAGUGCCGGGAGAUCAAUCAGCUUCGCAAGCGUCUCGGCCUGGCCGAGAAGGAGAACGAGGAUCUGGUGCAGUCGUACGAUGACGAUCAGAACGAUCCCAAUCGGCCGCGCUAUACCACGCGUGAGCUCAAGGAGCUGAUCAGCGAGCGGGACGAGCUGCUGACCACCAUCGAUGGCCUCAACGAGCAGCUGGCCGAGCUGAAGCCCCCCAGUAAGUUGAAGACCAAGCGGUCGCGGCAUAUCUCCAGCUCGGAUGACAGUGACGAUGACGAGGGUCAUUUGGCGGACAACGACGAUGAUGACGACGACGAUGAGGAGGCGGCUGAAGCGGCAGCCGAACUUGAGCCCCCAGUCGCUGGGGAGACGCCGCCUGGUCACGAUGCACCCGUGCAGGGACCGCUGCCGUACGAGCCGGACGAUGCGCCCUGGAAGAAGAGCUCCGAGUCGGGCAUACGCAAAUUCUUCCGCAAACUGUUCUCGGAUCCGUCGGACGGCAAUAAUACAUUCCCGAAACGUUCCUUGGCCACGCUCUCCAAGAUGGCACUUUCGGCCACACCAGGCUCCUCUGUGUCGGGCACGGCCGCCGCCGCCGCCAUAUCCUUUUCCGGCGAGGCAGCGAAGUAAGACCCACCCCAAAAGCAACAUCACACGCUACCGUUGAAGUGCAUCUAAUUUUUAUUUUUGUUUUUUGUUUUUCUUUUUGUUUGUCUGUUCUGUUUCUGUCUUUUCCAUUUUGAUUUUGGUUAUUUUUUUCGUUUGAUUUUCCCCACUCACCUGCAUCACUUCGCCUGCAUCCCAUUUAUUUAUUUAUGUAUUUAUUGUUUCUUAUUGUUUUCAUCUGUUUUAGUCUGUCUUUGUCCCUCGCUAUAUACCUUCUCCGUUUAAGCUGUACAUACAUUGUUUAUACACUCGAUUGCUGUGCCCUCGUAAUCCUAAG